AUGACUAGCCCGUAUGAAGCGGAUCCAGAUAAAAUCCCUGCAGCGGACUUAUACGCUGACGUGCCUUGCUAUGGUCGAUACUGCCCGAAACCUGAUGACUUUCACGUCGAUCAUCAGCAUGUCAACUCUCAGGGUCCAGAAUCAUUGACAUACUGGGCCUCAGUCAUUGAUAUCUGCACUGAAGAGAAUCGGAUUUAUCCUGCUGAUGCUGGUGAUCGCGAUGUUUUCGCUCUAGGUAGCACAAUUGUGAAAUCCAGCCAUCUCCACGCGACCGGGGAUACUCAAUCUCCGGAGAUUGACUUCUCAUACGCCGAUGCAAAUGAGAUUAAGGCAAUUACUCUGGCAAAGACGGUCUUGAGUGAUAUCAAAGUCCCAGAAAUCUACUUUGCUGGAAAAGUAAUCUCCUUUUUUCUCCAUCUAUCGAGCCCAAUCACUUAUGUCUGUUUCUUUAGAUCCAUGGUCGUCAAGUACUCGUUCAAGAAAGGCUUCCAGGUGUUGGAUUGUCUGUUGCAUGGCCAUAUUUAUCCAGAGAACAAAAGAAAUCAUAUAAAGAACAGGCCAGAAAAACACUACAUCAACUUCACACUGUCAAGCCAGCCCAGAGACUCAAAGCUCGCUCUCACGUUGUAA